UGAGUUACACUUUAUGACAGUGAGUGGGUCAUAUAGUAAAGUUAUUUUUUUCAUUGGUAACCUUUUAAAGUAAUAGCUGACUUAGUUAUGAUUGUCACUAGUCUCACUCCCCUGUUUCCCUUGCCAGCUCCGGUUGUUGUUUGCAAGGCACACCAGAUGCUGCAGGGGUGCCAAUUGAAUCCCUGUGUCACGGGAGGCCUAUCCAGGGGUAGUCUCCUGCUGGCCUUCCCUUGUCGUCGUGAGCGACGUGGUCUGCUGGCCCAGAGGGGGUGGAGGGGGGAGGCUGGGUUCAGCACCAGCCAGAUGGGAUCGCAGGAAGAAGACUUGCAGUGGGCUAUACAUUUUUUUUAAGUUUAAGUUUAUUACAGCCCAGGGUAUGUUGAUUUUAAUCAGCAUGAUUUAAAUCGUGAUUUUAAUCAUGAUUUAAAUCAUGUGAUUUUUUUUUAAAUCAGUGAAUAAAAUCAAUUUAUAAUAUGAUAGUAUGAACUUUAAUAUUUCCUAUACUAUAUUGUUUAAACCAAGUAAUCAUGCCUACAUACAUAAAAAUUGACUGCUGCAAAGAUAGAAUGAAAAUUGAAUAGUAGGGGAGACUGGGGAGGGUUGAUACAUAGGGAGACUUGAUACAAGUGGUUUAAUUUUUACUGUGUUGGUUUUCCUGCAUUUUAGUUUUUUUUUAGUUCUUUGUUACAGGUACCUCCAUAUUGUUUGUUGUGAUACAGGCCAAGCAGCAAAUAUUCUAGGAAGAAUAAAAAAAUAACUGUUUUUCAGCAUUCAGAAUGCCGAUGUUUUAUAAACCAAAACCGCAAGCAAAACAACAAAAAAAAGUACCCCAUGAUGUCAUGAAAGCUGCUGUUAAGGAAGUAGUUGAAGAUGGCAUAGGCUUAAGAAAAACUGCACUUAAGUUUGACAUUGAUAAAAUGACACUUCAUAGAUAUGUGAGAAAGUAUAAAGAUGAAAAAAGUAAUACUUCAACAGUUUAUGAACCUAACUACAGUGUCUCUCAAGUGUUCACAAAAGAAGAGGAAACACUGCAAGCCAUUUAUUUGAAAAAGGCAUCGCAACUUCAUCAUGGGCUUGGUACAGUUAAUUGUCGCAUACUUGCAUUUGAAUAUGCAGUUAGGAACAAGAAAACUUACCCUAAGAAAUGGGAUCAGAACAAAAUAGCAGGUUAUGACUGGUUUCGUGGUUUCAUGAAACGAAAUCGAGAAUUAUCUGUACGGUUACCAGAAGCUACAAGCAUUGCAAGAUCCUCGGCCUUUAAUAGAACAACAGUGGAAGAAUUCAACAAAAAUUUGGAAAAGAUUCUUCUAAGAGAAAAUUUUGGUCCUCAAGACAUAUGGAACAUAGACGAAACUGGUGUUACUACUACCCACAAACCUACUAAGGUAAUUGCUGAACGUGGAGUCAAACAGGUGGGUCAAGCAACAUCCCAAGAACGAGGCACUUUGGUUACAGUAUGUAAUUCAAUAAAUGCAAUAGGCAACUUUAUACCACCAUUCUUGGUUUUUCCGAGAGUAAACAUAAAAGAAUUCAUGUACGUCGGUGCACCUCCAGGUACGGUGGGUGUUGGGCAUCAAAAACAUUCUGGGUGGAUGACUAAAGAAAACUUUGUGCAGUUUUUAAACCAUUUCAUCAAGCAUGUUAAAUGUUCCUUAGAGCAUAAAGUUUUAUUGCUCAUGGAUAACCACGAGUUCCACAUUUCUUUAGAAUCGCUAGAGCUUGCUAAACACAAUGGAAUUAUUCUACUAACGUUUCCUCCCCACUGUAGCCAUAAACUGCAACCUCUAGAUGUCUCUGUUUAUUUUCCUUUCCAAAAUGCUUACAAUAAAGCGGCACAGCAGUGGAUGAUCCAUCAUCCAGGUACACCUAUGACUGUUUAUAAUGUAGGUGAAGUUAUCGGAAAAGCAUUUCCUCAGGCUUUCACUCCUCAAAAUAUUGUGUCAGGUUUCAGAGUGACUGGAAUACAUCCAUUUGAUAAAAACAUAUUCACUGAUGAUGAUUUUCUAAGAGCUUCAGUAACUGACAGACCUAAUCCUACCUUGCCUGUUGAAGAACCUGCACCCAAACAGUCAAUCUUUCAAGGAGGUAGUUCUGGAUAUGUAGAGUUUCAACCAGGAACUUCGAAUAACGGAUCUUUAAACAUAAGUAGGCCUAAUUUCACUACUGACAUGCUAGUUGAAGUUACAGCUGAAAAAUCACAAACUAUUGUAUCACCAGAACAAAUUGCCCCUUAUCCAAAAGCUGGACCAAGAAAAUGCGGAAGGAAAGGAGGCAGAAAACCAAAAAGAUCUCUUAUACUAACUGACACGCCAAUCAAAAACAAAUUGGAAGAGGAAUUCAGAAGACGCACAAGCAAAGUCACAGCCCAAAUUAAAAAACCGAGAUCUAACUUGUUUAGUAGACAAAUAAAGCCAGUUCAGCAUUCUACAAAGGAGAAAGUUUGUUGUAUUGAUGAUGCGUAUGAUGAAGAAAUACUUGAAUUGAACAGUUAAUUUUCGGAUGUUGAAAUUGAGUCAUCUAAUGGGGAUGAUUUUGUGCACCCUAUUGAUAAAGGAGAUUGGAUUUUAGUUACUUAUCGCUAGGGUUAGGAGUUUUCCGCGAUUCCGCGAUCGCGGAAUAUUUCGCAGAAUUACUACUAGAGUCCCGCAUAAUCGCAGAAUCAUCGCAGAAUCACCGAUUUUGCUGUAUCUUUUAUGUCCAUUUUGAGUGCAGUAAUAAUGCGUUCGAGGGUUAUGUUAUCUCAAAUAAUAUCUUAUUAUGGGCAGAGUGAAUAAUUUCCAAACAUUGUAUAAAACGUAGGUUUUCGUAAUUAAUGCGGCAAUGCCGUUAAAUAAUACAAGUUUGAAUUACCAAAAUAUUAUCACUUACGUACGGCAAAAUAAAUUUUGUUUGCACAGAAUCCAAAGAUAAGAUUAUAAGAUGAGCAGCACAUUGAGCGAGCAAUCCUACCGGCAUUUAUGAAAGAACUGUAGGCACAGUCGAUGGAAAUAUGUGCGCAUCAAGCGAUUAAUCGAUCGUUACAUAGCUUCGAAUACGAAAGAAUGACCUUAUGGCCGUUGGCGCAAGCUGUAGGCCACACAGCAUAUUAAAAAAUAUAUAUAUAUAUAUCGUGAUCCACCAAAGUAAAUAAAAAUGUCUAUGAGUAAAUACGUUUUUAAAGAAGCCAGCGGGGGAAAAUCGCAUGUGGGAAACAAGUCUGCGGCAGAUAGAGCUAAGGAAUUUCCAAGUGUGUUACAUAGUGAUGGUGGUAAACUCUUUUGCUCUAUUUGCAAUGUGUUAUUGGACCAUAAACGGCUCUCCACGAUUAAGGAUCAUUUAAAUUCUCAAAAACAUAAAGCCAGGUCAGUGCAACAUACCUCACGUUUGGCAGGAACCUCCAAGCAAACAACAAUUGGUACUUCCUUCAAAAAAGAAAGUUUGUCUGCUGAACGAAAAAUUGUGUCCCAAGAUCUCGUGAAAGCAUGCGUCAGUGCUAACAUACCACUGACAAAACUUGACAACAGUGAGUUUCGUUCAUUUUUGAACAAGCAUGUUGUAAAUGGUGGCUCUAUUCCAAGUCACUCACAGCUGCGUAAAGAGCACCUUCCUGCUUUGCAUGCGGAGUACCAAGGGAAGUUGAUGACUGAAUUGGAAGGGAAACAAAUAGCUAUUGUAACUGACGAAACAACUGAUGUUGAAAUGCGGUAUGUUUUGAACAUUAUUUUCAUACCUUUGAAUGUACAUGAAGGUAAACUUCAACCAUUUCUUGUGGAUACAGUCAUGUUGGAAAAAACCAAUAGUUGUACUGUGGCUCAAAGCGUUAUAAAAGCAGUGUCAAAUUAUAAUAUUGACUACAAUAAUGUUUUAGGGUUUGUUACUGAUAAUGCAGCUUAUAUGCUGAAGGCAUAUAAAGAUACACUGAAUGGAGUUUUUCCUCACUGCAUACACAUUACUUGUAUUGCACAUAUACUGUCAUUGGUUGGUGAUGUUUGGAGAAAGACAUUCAAAGACGUUGAUGCAUUUGUGAGUGCAAUGAAAAUGUUAUUUUGUAACGCACCAGCCAGGAAAGCAAGGUUCAUGAACUACCUGAGAGAUAGAGGUCUGGAAGUAAAAGCACCUGUUAUUCCAGUUAUUGUUCGUUGGAACUCAUGGUUUCAGGCAGUAAUGUACCACGAUAAAAUUACACUUGAAGUCUAUAGGUCAUUUCUGGAGGAAGAACUGCAACAUACAAGUGUUCCAUCUAAUGCUUUGGCACAUGUUAUUGAUGUUAUGCAAAAUGAUGUCAACCAGAAGAAACUAUCAGCUUGUUUGAAGUUCAUUGCUGAAAUGUGUCAGAAAAUUGUUCAACUUCUGACAGAGUUUGAAAGUCAGAGUCCCAAGGCAACAGAAGUGUAUGACACCCUAGUAGAUUUGAAGGCUUACCUUGAACUUCAGUCAAAAGCAGACCACUCCCAUUACUUGAAUGAAGUGCCUGCUGAAAGUUCAGUUUCUGUAAAACAGCUAUUCAAAAUUGUUUUUAUUAGCUCGUUGGAAAAAUUGGCGAAAUAUCAGUCAGCACAGGGUCAACCAGGUUGGAAUUUUUUGAAAUAUGUGAGAAUAUUUUCUCCUAAUAAAGCUCUUCUGCUGUCACACAAUUUUAACAAUUAUGUCGGUGUAUUGUCACUUCUAGCAUCUUGUGGUGAAGUAGAGUUUGCUACUUACAUUGGAAUCUUAAGAGACUCAGAUUGUUUAGAUGUAGACCCAUUCCAGUUUUGGGACAGCAUAAAGGGCAGGUGUCCAGUUCUGGCAGGUAUAGCAAGGGCUUAUUUAUGCAUUCCUACCAACAGUGUUGAUUGUGAAAGAAGUUUUUCUUUUUAUAAGGACAUUCUUUCAGACAACAGGCGUAAUCUGUUACCAGAAAAUAUUAAGAUGCUCAACAUGUUGCAUUUCAAUACCAGCCUUUAUAAAGAAUAGAUAGUUCACAAAUGCUCAGUUGUUUGAACUUUUGAACACAAGAAUAUGAUUAAUGAUGUAUUUCAACAUUUGUAUAGUGCCUUACAUUAGGUAGGAAUUUCACAUGUAUAGAAAUAAUAUAAUUCCCAUUAGUUAGACUUCUUUAGGUUGUAUAUACAUGUUUCAAACGUGAUAAACAAUUUUUAAUAAAUUGCAGAACUUUACAUUUUUUAUUGCAGAAUUUCUUGUUUUCUAUCGCAGAAUUUGUGUUUCACUAUCGCAGAAUUUUGGCCUUUGGUGUGCAGAAAACUCCUAACCCUACUUAUCGCCAGAAAAAGUCUGUUCGCAGGUUUGUAGGUUGUGUUGAAGAAAAAGUGUCUAAUGAUUAGUGGAAAGUGAGAUUUGCACGGCACAUUCAGGACAGUAAGUUUAAGUGGCCAGAAAGGGAAGAUGUAAGCGUGAUUGAUGAAGAUCAGGUGGAAAAACGAUUAAUGGCACCACAGUUUCAUAUGAAAAAUGACAGGGUAACGUGCUUUGAGUUUAAUGAAGGGAUUCAUGGAAUUAUUGUUGAGUAGCACUGUGCAGAUUUAAAAGAAUUUUUUUUUAGGUUGAUAUAUUCUUAUUGAUACCUUCUCUCAAGUGGUGGUUGCACUGUCAUACACAAUUUUAAAAUUAAAAAUUUGAGUAAUUUUACUGUAAAAUUGUUAUAGCUUGUUUAAUUAUAUAUAAUUAUAAGUAUUAUGAAUAAAAUGUUAACAAUAACUUAGGCCUGUAUUAACCCUCAGACCAACAUGUGUAUCAAUGCUCCCCAAGGCUGUCUCAAGUCUCCCUAGCAUGGGGAGGUUUGAUACAAAUUACACCCUCCAUAAUAAUCAAUAAAAUAACAUUAAAAAUAUUUUUUUUAGGUCUCUAAGUUACAGAGUCUCAGUUGCUUAAAGUUUAUAACCCAGUUUACAUGCAUAUAAAGCAUUAAAAUUGUGUUAUUAAAAAUAUAAAAAUUAAUUUCUAAAAACUGUAUCAACCCUCCCCAGUCUCCCCUACUUAAUUUCUUCUACAAUGUAUUUAUUUAUAGGUGGGUGGAAUGUACCUUUAAAUACCACCUCAUUUUCUCUCUUCUCUCCUCCACCUCAUGUGUUUGUGUUGUGUGUGUGUCAUAUCUCCUUGGCAACAGGUUUGUCUUCCAACAAUGUCAAAUGCUAUUUUUAGAACUAUAGGAAGGAAAUUUUCAGUUCUUUGGUAUGUCUGGUUUGGUUCAGUCAACAUUAAGAAAUCUACUGGGUACAGAAAAAGCUGCAAAACUUGUAUUUUUGUUUAAAAUUUUAAAUAAGUAAUAUUUUAUGUAGAAGUUUUGCUUUGAAUACUCUCGUAUGUGUGCAAUUCUGAGAAGAAGAAGAAAAAAAAGGAAAUUGUGGUUUUGGUUUAAAUUACUUUAUUUAGAACAAUUGGACUAUAAGACUAUAAGGGAUGACAGGAGUGACAAAGUUACAUUUAAAUAUGCUAUAUUUUCAAUGAUGUAGUUAUUUUCUAUAAGACAUCUUUUUUUACUAAUGUUAACUAUGUUACUGGACAAAAAUUUUCAUAAAGUGACAUCAUUAAUGUUUCCUUAAAACAUUAUGCAAUGUAAAAUGUGGUUAUUUCAAAGAAAGAAAAUUAGGUUAGUUGUCUUUACAAGAUGAAUUCAUCUGUUAUUAAUUGUACUGUAGAGCAAAGUCAAGUCAUGAAGACAGUCAUGUAAAUGUACUGUAUAUUACACAGAUUACAAUUUUUUUAUAUUUUAAUCAAAAAAAUCAUAUUUUAAUCAAAAAAACCAGUUUUUAAUCCAAAAAAUCUGAUUUUUUUGAUUUUUUUAAAAAAAUCAGGAUUUUUCAUAUCCUGUAUACAGCCGUUGGGAAAAGUCAUCAAGGUAUAACAAAAAGGAGCAGAGAAAAUUGUAUUGCUCUGAGUGUUACGGUAAGUCUAAUGAUCAGGAAGAUAUUAGAGUAAGUGCAUUGCUUUUUGGCACUAUAUUUGUUCCACUUGCACUUCAAUGGCGACAUCAAGCAAGGUCUUGUGAUGCGGAUACUACAAUUGAUACACACAUUAUUUUGAAGGUUCUUAACACUGCUAGAAACUGAAUUUUCAGGUUUAUAUAAAUUCGGAAACACAUAACUUGAACAUAACCUGUAAUUGUACUGUACUAGCAUUAAGACUAGAGCCUCUCAGAUGUCAAAUUGAUGUAUCAUAUUUCAGCUUUAUAAUUACAUACUUGCUGAAAACACAGAUGUCAGCAGGGGAAUUGCCUGCAGCACCGUCAGUGAGCUGAUGUAGACCAGUCUGUGAAGUUUCACAUGUAACAGGUGUGGCAGCCACACAACCAUGAGUAUUUAAUUGAAAUAUUUUGAGAAGGCUAGCUGUGAAUUCAAAUGGUUGUGCCAUGUUUUUUUCUGAAUAUAUGUGACCAGAAAGUGUAUAAUUCUUCAAAAAGAGUGGAAACUGAAGCUUGUAACUUGUGGCAUAUGUACAGAGUUAAUCAGGUGAUUCAGUGGAGGAAUAACCGUGUCAAGCGUUACAACACUGCGACACUACACUGUCUUGGGCAAAUGCCACUGAUGGCUGUUUUGUUCUAGAUAUCAUACACAUUUUCCUGUUUUCUUUGUUUACCUUUUUUUGCUUUUUUUUUACACUAUAAUUAAUCUGUUUAAGUUAUAAAUCUAAAGGUUUUUGUUUUUCAAGGAACUAGAGGAGAUUAUUACAAAUGAUUGAAAGUUCAAUGUUAAUGUGUUUCAAAGACUUAUAGCAAAAUUUUUCAUUUUUGUAAUAUUUAAUGUUACCUACCUGUUAAAAAAAAUCAUUAUCCCACAACCUAAUAAAUUACUUCAAGACUAGACAAAUAAAUAGUUUAAAUCCAACUUUGGAAAUCAGCGCUGAAACAAAUUAUUAUGCAAUGAAUAAGGCAUCCUCAAAACUAUGUAUUUAUUAAAUUUUAUAAUUCAGCACUCAUGCAACUAACACAGUAUAAAUAUAUAUAAAUAUAACAUAAAUAUAUUGUAGAAAUAAAAAUAAUAUUUAUUACAAUAUUUGAACUCACUUAAUAGUUUGCUCCCUCUAAAAACAUUACAUUAAUGUUUGUGACAGUUAAAAUCAUGGUUUAUUGUACAU